GUAGUGGGCUGGGGCAGAGUGGGGGUAGGUGUCCUGUGCUGGGCUGCUGUCCGGGCAGGGUGGCGGGGCGGUAGAGCAACACCAUUCAUCCCUGGCCGCGGCAGCGAGUGGUGCGCUCCGCUCGGCUCGGCAACUGACAAGCUUGUGUGUUACAGCAGCAGCAGCAGCAGGCGGCCGCUGCUACAGACGCAGGCACAGACAUGGCUGGAGCAGAGGAGAACCGCGGCGCUCUACACUAUGAGCAGACUCUGAUGUAUGGCAGAUACACCCAGGACUUGGGAGUAUUUGCCAAAGAAGAAGCAGCCCGCUUGCGGCAGGACAAGGGUCAGAUCCGAGUAUUUUCCAGAGACCAUUCGAAGCGCGCCGAGUUGAUAGAGUACGAUCGAAGCCGUUGUGCUAGAUGUAAAAUAUUGAGCGUGCGAUGUCAAACAUUCCUUAUCUCAAAAGUCGGGGAAGAUUGGAUUUUCCUGAUUUUGCUGGGUUUGUUGAUGGCUUUGGUGAGCUGGGCCAUGGACUUUGCCAUUGCAAUGUGCUUGCAAGCUCAGAAAUGGAUGUACGGUGGGUUGGGCCACAAUGUCUUCCUUCAAUACUUAGCCUGGGUGACGUACCCUGUUGUUCUCAUAACCUUCUCAGCAGGAUUUGUCCAAAUCAUCGCUCCACAGGCAGUAGGUUCUGGGAUCCCAGAGAUGAAGACCAUCCUACGUGGAGUGGUGCUAAAGGAAUAUCUCACCUUAAAAACAUUUGUAGCAAAGGUCAUUGGCUUAACUUGUGCGUUAGGAAGUGGAAUGCCAUUAGGAAAAGAGGGACCUUUUGUUCACAUUGCAAGUAUGUGUGCUGCGUUGCUGAGCAAAUUCAUGUCACUCUUUGGUGGGAUUUACGAGAAUGAAUCCCGCAACAUUGAAAUGCUAGCAGCUGCUUGUGCUGUUGGAGUUGGCUGCUGCUUUGCCGCACCGAUAGGAGGUGUUCUUUUCAGUAUUGAAGUAACAUCAACAUUUUUUGCUGUCAGAAACUACUGGCGUGGCUUCUUUGCUGCUACUUUUAGUGCCUUUAUUUUCCGCGUGCUGGCUGUCUGGAACAAAGAUGAAGAAACCAUCACUGCCUUAUUUAAAACUCGAUUCCGUCUCGAUUUUCCAUUUGAUCUUCAAGAGCUCCCUGCCUUUGCAGUAAUUGGGAUUGCAAGUGGCUUUGGUGGCGCCCUGUUUGUUUACUUCCACAGAAAAAUAGUGGCAAUCAUGAGGAAGCAAAAAACCAUAAACAAGUUUUUAAUGAAAAAGCGCCUGCUUUAUCCAGCACUGGUGACUUUGCUCAUUGCUACUCUCUCAUUUCCUCCUGGGUUUGGACAAUUCAUGGCUGGAGAGCUCACCCAAAAGGAAACGUUGGUGACCCUGUUUGACAACAGGACGUGGGCAAAGCAAGGCGUCGCAGAGGAAUUUGACUACAUUGGAAUUUCGGAGGCCUGGAAAAAUCCUCGAACAAAUGUCUUUGUGACACUAGUGAUAUUCAUCCUGAUGAAGUUCUGGAUGUCUGCCUUGGCCACAACAAUCCCCGUCCCCUGUGGAGCCUUCAUGCCGGUCUUUGUUAUUGGAGCUGCGUUUGGUCGCCUGGUCGGAGAGAGCAUGGCAGCCUGGUUUCCCGAUGGCAUCCAUGCAGAUGGAAGUACAUAUCGUAUUGUACCUGGAGGAUACGCUGUUGUAGGAGCGGCGGCGUUGUCGGGAGCGGUGACCCACACCAUCUCCACCUCAGUAAUCGUCUUUGAGCUGACGGGACAGAUCUCCCACAUCCUGCCAGUUAUGAUCGCAGUCAUCCUGGCCAACGCAGUUUCCCAGAGCCUACAGCCUUCAGUGUAUGACAGCAUCAUCCGCAUCAAGAAACUCCCAUACCUGCCCGAGCUCGGCUGGGGCCACCUGGAGAAAUAUAGCAUCCGUGUGGAGGAUAUCAUGGUGAGAGACAUCCGAUUUGUCAUUGUAAACUGCAAGUACAGGGACCUACAGGACCUCCUUCACAGCACCAAACUCAAACACCUUCCCCUUGUUGAAGCCGCAGAUUCCAUGAUCCUGCUGGGCUCCAUUGAAAGGAAUCAACUGCAAGCCCUUAUUAAUAAUCAACUGAGCAGACAAAGGAGAAUGGACUACCUUCGACAGAAAGCUCAGACGGAGGAGAAGGUGGAUCCAGACUCAGUCAGAAUUAUUGAAGAAGGAAACAAAGAUGCACAUGAUUCUGGAGUCAGGUUUGAGAUUGGGACUGAGGAAUCAUCAUUUUCUCCAAGUCGAAAUGGAUCACAAAAGCCACUGAAGCCAGCAUUAAAGCGAGUUCCAAGCAGUGCACAUGAUAUGCCAGGUGCUCUGGAUCAAACAGGAAUUGCACUGAAAAGUCUGUUCUGUGUAAAGUCAAUGGAUGAUCCAGGAGAGAAUCAGACAAUAUCAGAGCACAAAAAGUCGAAACGUGUACGAAUAUCUAUAGUGGAUGAAUAUGCAGUUGAAGAUGACAUGACAUCAUCAGAGGUUGUGGAGUGGGAAGACAAACAGUUUGAUGAACAAGUGGACUUCAACAACUGUAAGAUUGACCCAGCACCCUUCCAGCUUGUAGAAUGGACAUCUUUACACAAGACUCACACCAUGUUCUCCCUAUUAGGACUUAACCAUGCUUACGUGACAAGUAUUGGGAAGUUAAUAGGAGUGGUAGCUCUUAAAGAGCUGAGAAAAGCCAUUGAGGGUUCAGUCACAUCCAAAGGUGUGAAGAUGAGGCCACCUCUGGCCAGUUUCAGGGGGAAUGCCAACAGCAGCAGCGAAUCAGACACCACAGAAAUCCACAAGUUGUGGGACAGAAGGGAAAGCCUCACAAUUCCACGUGACUCCAGUCCAUCGGAUACAGACGACAAAUCACACUGAACAAGUCUGGCAGGGAACUAUCUGCCUGAACAUAGCUGCACUAUCCACACUUAAAGCACCUGCUUUGGAUUUGGAAAUGUAAUCUUUCAACUGGUGUCAAAAGGGUUGGGAUUUGUAUGAUGCACUUCUAAAGAAUAAUUUGAAGUUGGUAAACCUUAAGAGCACUGAUUGUACAUUUUAUUUAGAAAGUUGUAGAGAUAUGCUAGUCUUCAUGUGCCAGCAAACAUCUACAGUAUUUUCAAUUCAUAUAAAACCUAAUGUUUAAAUUAAUGUCAAUAUCUAAAAAUAACUGCAGACAGUUUGGAAAUGGAUUUGUUGAUAUGAUGAUUUCAUUUCCACUAUGGAAUUAGAAUAUAUGUGUUGCUUAGCAAUUAAUGUUCUGAUGAUAUCAAUGUUCAUUUGUACCACUGUUUACAAACGCUAUAUGAGUUGGUGGCAGAAAUGCAUAUGGGAAAUGGAAGUUCAACGUGUAGACCCCCUCUGGAAAAUUGAGGUGAAAUGUGGCAAUAUACAAAUGCUAAUUCCAUUUUACUGUAUUGUGCUAUCCAGAUAUUCCUGUGCUUGAGAAAUAGGCUCAAUUAAUAAGUUGCACUAAUAUAUGGUGUUUUAAAUUUGCAUCGAACAUCCAUAUCAACCAGUUCCAGAAUUUCAAUCUACUGCAGGCAGCUAAUUUGCAAGCAAUGUGUACUUAUUGCAGUUAAGAUCCAUCUUCCCAAUAAUGUGAUGGUCAAUUUAUUCAUGCUCCUGGUCUUGUUUACACACCAGAUGUUAAAUUCUACUACUGAAACUCAUUUCACGUGCUAUUUGGGUGGCAACCAAUGUGUUGGCAAAGCUACUUCCAGUCCCAAAACAUUUCAAUUAAGCAUUCUGCUCCAAAUGAUCAAGUGCACAUUUCAAAGAAGAUAGCUUUGCAGUCAUUGUAGUGGGACUGUUGAAAUCUUAAUACCUCAUAAUAUGUUGUGUCCCCAGGAAUUAAUCAAUACUGGGGAAUCAGGCUGUCAGCUUUUUAGUAAUGAAUACGUUUAUGUAAAAUUGAAGAAAUCUCAAAAUAAUGGGAUUGACAAAUUUGGAUUCUUAUUCUUGCCCAGUCACUGCUCCAGCAAGAUAGGUAUACCUCUGAUGCGAUAGUAUGUAUUGACAGAUGCACUUUGAGUUAUUGUGGAUGUAUUAAUGUUCUGUAUCGACUCUAUUUCUACUACAAAGGUAUAAUCAUGGUCACAGCUCAUGGUUUUAUAAGACAUAGAGUCCAUUCAUAAAAAAUUGAGGUUGGAUUUCAGUCGAUUUUAUUGAAAUCUAAACUCAUGACUGGUUAAAAGUGCCGCUAUCAAAUGCUAUUUUCACUUUGUUUCCAUCAGCUUCAUUGAAGUUGUUUUCCCUCGAUCAACUAACAAAUCACGCAUUAAAAUGUUAAAUAACGUUGUUUACUUAACUAGAACAAAUUCAAGAUCAAUGGCUUGUUUUCUUACAAGUGUGAUCCCACUUUCGAUCAAGUCAAAUGACAGUCCAAUGUAAUUUCCAUCCAUUUGUGUUUUCUUUUAUAUUGGCCUUCGACGAAUGUUUGUAACUCCUGUUUAGAACACGGGAAUAUAAACUUGCACCCUUUCACUUACUGUGAUUGAAAUAGCAACACCUUAUGGUGGCCAUCAAGUAUUGUAUUGCUGGUUCUGCAACAGGUGUACGAUAAAAUGCCAUCCGACUGUUAAAUGAUCAGACAUAUUCAUAAAGCAUCAAGGCAACGUAUAUGAGUAAUGGUCCAGCCAUAACAAUUAAAAUUAGUCCACAAAUUAUUAGUACAGUGAGCUGAUUUGCUGAGGCAGUUUUGACAUUCAUAUUUCUCAAUUCAGCUUUGCAAACAAAUGGGACUAAAGAUGAAAUAUUCAAAUAUUAUUCAAAUAUUCUGUUUUAACUUGAAUAUUAAUUUAAAAAAUUGAUCCUUUGCAGAUUAUACCCUGUUGACUGUUUUCCUCCCACGAGUCUCUUGGUCAUUAACUGUGUCAGUUUAUGAAUUUGUCCUACUCACCAAAAUGUGAAUCGAUUUACUUGGAUGCUUUAGUGACUGUCUAGCUAGCGAACAAACUUUGACCAAAUUAGUAUUCAAAUCCAGACCAAGGCUUGACAACUGUUAGUGCAAAUAAUGGAUGGUCACUUUUGUGUAUGCAUGAUUCUAUAGAAUUAAAACAAAGGGAAUUAGAGGUAACGAGCAUGAAACUGAUAAAAAAUAUAUUAUGCAUAAAUCCUCUUAUAUGUUACAUCUGCCUUUGUUUGAAUCUUAUCCCCUGAAGUAAACCACAUCUUGUACAUAAGAAAUUAGCCAUACAAAAUAACAGCUGAUGAAAAGUAUGAUAUAUUUGGGAAGUAUGGAAAUAUACCUGAGAGGAGAGGGACUGCCUAUGUGGUAUAUGAAGACGAUCAAAGUUCCUAUGACAUGAUGUGUACGAGGAAAUGCAGAUGCUGGUUUAAAACGAAGAUAGACACAAAAAGCUGAAAUAACUCAGCGGGACAGGCAGCAUCUCUGGAGAGAAGGAAUGGAAGGGUCUGUAGAAGGGUCUCGACCCGAAACGUCACCCAUUCCUUCUCUUCAGAGGUGCUGCCCGGCCCACUGAGUUACUCCAGCUUUUUGUGUCCAUAUCCUAUUCCAUGAUGUUAUGUAUGCAUCCUACUGCUUCAGUGAAGACAUCAAAGAUGAGAUGACUUUGUGCUGUUGAUACCUUGUAUCAUAUUGGUCUGUAAAGAACUUGAUUUCCACUGAGUCCACUGUUCCCACUUUCACGGGGACUCUUGAUGAAUUUAGUAAGUUGAACCAAUGACAUAGGCAGCAUUGCUUUAUCUCCACAGCAAUUUAUGGUCUAUUGCAUCUACAUUUAUUUUGGAGACAGUCCCCAUUGUAAGAACAUAAUUUAGGUGUAUUGAAAUUGUAACCCAAUCAAGUUUGUCCUUUUUGAGAUUGACCGACAAUAUCUCCAGACCAUUUGUUGAGAAUUAAUUUCAGUAAUCAAAGGCGUAUGGGUCCAUGUGUCUAUCCCAUCAUUUUGCUUUUUAGAGUAAUAUAAUUACCCUGACUUGCAACUGGGAUAAUAUCUACUUCAUAUGAACUAACAAAAUAUGCAGCCAUUUUAUUAAUUCAUCAAUUUAUUCUUCGACAUUUCAUGGAUGCUGCUCAGUUAUACAUUCACAUGUGAGUGAUGACUGCUGUUGGUAGAAAAAAUGUACCUUGUAUCUUUAUGGGGCAUACAAAAUGAAUCCUAGGCAGCUCCAUAAAGCUUGUGUUGUAAUUCUUCAAACUGACUAUAUCAAUGAUUUUCUUCUGCAUCUGUUUCCUUUCUUUCUUUGUCGCUCUUCUUACGUCUCUUGAUAGUUGGUUCUCCCUGGGAAUUUAGAAAAGACAACUAAGCACUUAAUGGGCAAUUUCUCAAUGUCCCUACCUUCCAUCUCUGUCUAUUCUCACUGCAGUUCCAUGCUGAUUGAAGACUAUAUAUUUAUGCACAUUUUUGAUCUUGAAGGUUUUCUUUGUUCAAUUGUCUGUGAGCGAUUCUUUCAACCAAAAUGAUUUAGGCAUGGAUUAGUCAUUUGAAAAAUGAUGACGGGGAAGUUAUUGACAUUAAUCUGGUUUAAGUCAUUUUGUUUCUGCAACAUAUCUUUUCAAAGUCCAAUGAUGUGAGUUACUGCCUUAACUGAGCAAAAUAUAAAUCAGUUGCCCAAUUAUGCAUCAAUGAUAUGAUAAAAAAUGAAAAACGAAAAAAAUGAAAUAGAUUGAGGUCUAUGAGUGAAAACUAAAGAUGCAAUAAUUUGUGUUUAGCUAAUGAAAAGGUUAUCAUCGUUUGCUCAGUCUCAGAUCAUUUACUGAACCUUUUUAAUAUCCCUAUCAUUUUUCCUUAAUAAUUACUUAGUCGCUUGCAUGAAAGUACAAGAAAUGAAAGCAAGAGCAAGCUGUCCUGUCCUUUGAGUCCAAUAAUACAUAAUAUUUCAACAAACCACUGUAGAGUUAUAUUAUCAAUAUUUAUUCCAAGGAUUUCAUGUUAUUACCAUUUUUCACCUUCUGUUUAAAUUCAUCUUACACAUCCUUUUCUUAGGAAAUAUAGAUAGUUCAUGAGCAGCAUCCUCAUAUACUUGGUUUAUCCAUGAUCUCACUGAAAUAAAGAAUCUUAAAAACUUCCUGUAAAUGUAAAAUUCCUGAUAUUCCAAGGUUGUAGUAUAACAGAUUACUUUCAAUAAUUCUGGAUGAGUUCAUGAUCAAACUAUCAUGUAAAAGGAUUACUUUACUGGCCACAUUCCUUUGACUACUGAAUACAGUUGGAAUGCCCAGAUUAGAUUGAUUUUCUAACUAUUCUAAAGGAGAGAGUAAUCUGAAUGUCAGAGAUUUUCCUGCUUUGAUUCAUUUUUACAUAAGAAAAUAGCAAAUAGCUCUACUUCAUCUAUUUUCUCAUUCCAACCAAUUACUUUUGUACCCGUAGGCUUGGGGUUUCAGCCGGGAAAUAGACACAGUUAACACUAAAGACAGAAUUAUCUCCAAGAACAUUGUCUCUGCUUUUUGUCUGGUUUGACUAAUAGCUCUACAGAUUUUAAUGGCUAGGUAGGCUUAAUAUUGGCAGUGUAGCGACCUCAUUAACAGGCACACAUCUAACCUGAGAUACUUUUUUUUCAUGAAUUAUAUGAGCGUACUCUCUGGGAUUAAACUUGAACUUGAUUUAACCACUAGCUUUUGGUAGCCCUUCCAUUAAAUCUUUGAUAUUUUGGCUGCUCAUAAUUUUGACCUCAUUACACCUUCAACAAUAGCUUGUUGCUCAAGAUUCACCCUUUGCUCUAAAUUGGUUUGUACAAUAACAGGCUGUUGUGCAGCUCCUUUCAAAAGUUUUAUUGAUUGCAUUGAAAAAAAGAUUAAGCAUUAAGCCAGCAGAGCUAAAAACAAGCGUCUAGUAUAACAGAUAAUCUAUUACCUUGGAUGGCAGUGUGUGGUUUAAUGAUCAAACUAUCCUGUAAAAGGAUUACUUUAUGUAAUCUUCUUAAUUAACCCCCAAAAUACUGGAUCUAUAAUGGCCAUUUAUAUUAAUAUAUUUUACAUUGGAAUUUAUUUUUCAACUCUUGACCUUUCAUAAUGAGACAUGAAUCAAAAUGUCACAGAAAUGUAGCUGUCUUUUGGGAUUCUUCCUGUAAUGACACGAUACAUUCAUUGAUUUAGUUUCAGACCAAUGAGUUAUAAAUGUUUUACAAAAUGUUGGCAGUAAUAUUCUGCAGAAUUAGCUUAUCCACAAAAUCUAUAUGAUUUGUAGUUUUGAAAACACUGAGAUGAUUGGAAAAUGUAAUUUUGGACUAGAUAUUUGAGCAUUCCGGGUACUGUGGUAUCUGAACAACAUGUCUACAGUCAUUACGUUUUUGUCUUUUUACAUUGAUUUAUGAAAUUUAUGAAAAAUACUGUGAAGAAUUUUGCAAUCUGUCAGUUUUGUGUAAGAAUUCAAAAGCAUAUACUGCAUAUUAUUGGACCAAUCCCCAGUGUAUAAUCUGUGUAAAAUAUAACAUGUGUUGUGAUUCUUCCUAUCAAUGGAGCAACAUGUGAUUCAGAAGAGAGGGAUCAAUUUAAAAGCAUUAUCAAUGAAAUCUUGCGAACACUAAAUAACAAUCUGAUUGGAAAUAUCGUAUUGAUUGGAAUUAAAUAUAAUAAUUGGAUUGCAUUUUAAUAUUUGAGGUAUUCUUCUAUUGCUGUCAUUUAAAUUAAACAUAUAUUUUCAGUAUAAUAUGAUUAAGUGUUCUAAAAUGGAUGCUGUCUAUUUCGUUUCUUGUGCAGUUUUUCAUGAUUAUAAAACUACAUGGGUACUCCGUGGUGAUAUUCGCGUCAGAAUCAUCACUUGUGCAAUAAUUUUUUGAAUGGGAGAUUUUGACAUCCAGUUCUAUACAUGGAAUUAAUUCAAUUAAAUUCAUUUUUAUAUCAAUGAUCACUUUUUUUAAACUGCCCGUUGCAAUUGAUCAAACAUUAGCCUUAAUUUUUUGUGUUGCAUUCGGAUUAUUUGUUUCUGAUCCAUGUUAAAUCUUCUGUAAAAUAAUUUCUGUAUAUUAGAGUGAGCUCAGAUGUUUAACAAAUUUCAGUGUUAUUUAAAAAAAAUGUUUAUCUUGACACUACAAGAAAUAAUAAAUUUUUAACUGCUUUUGGAGUCUUAUUUGUGA